GAAGUUCACCGAUGGGGGCCGCCAUGUUUUUCCAGCGUCUUCUCUCGUCCGUUCCGUAGUGGCCGAGGGAGGAGGGACCGUGACCCGCGACCUGUGAACCGGAAGCUUCCGCCACGCACCAAAAGUGCCCCGGAGGUCCCGCCAUGGCGCUGACCCCGGUACUCCGGCGGCUCCGCGGGCGUCGGGUGGUGCUGGCGAGCUCAUCCCCGAGGAGGCGGGACAUCUUGGGAUACACGGGCCUCCGGUUCGAGGUCGUCCCUUCCCGGUUCCCCGAGACGCUGGACCCCGCCGCCUUCCCGACCCCGCACGACUACGCUCGGGAGAAUGCGCGACAGAAGGCGCUGGAGGUGGCGCGGCGACUGCGGGAGAAAGAUCAGCGGACCCCAGACGUCGUCAUUGGCGCCGACACUGUGGUGGCCAUGGCCGGGCUGAUACUGGAAAAGCCUCAGGACAAGGAGGACGCCUUCCAGAUGCUCCGGCGGCUGAGCGGGCGCGAGCACAGCGUCAUCACAGGCGUUGCCAUAGUCCUCUUCCCACCUUCGCCCCGCGACCCUGGCGGGGCCCCGCUCCCCGACCCAAAAGUGACGUCGUUCCACGAGGAGACGCAGGUGACAUUCUCGGAGCUGACGGAUGAGCUGCUGCGGGACUACGUGGACAGCGGGGAGCCCAUGGACAAGGCCGGCGGGUACGCGCUGCAGGCGCUGGGCGCAAUGCUGGUUGAGCGCGCAGAAGGCGACUUCCUGGGCGCUGUGGGCUUUCCGCUCAACCGCUUCUGCCGCGAGCUGCAGGCCCUGCUGGGGCCGGAAGUAACUUCACUGCCUGCUGCUGCAGAGGGCGGGGCUGACGGCGACACAGAUGGGCCCCGCCCACCUCCAGCGGCAGAGAACCCUGGGAUCGACCUCUGACCUUCGGCCCCCUCCCCCGGGGUUGCCAUCAAUAAAGACUUGGUGUCCAGUG